UCAGUGGAUGAUAUCGUUCCAUCAUUUUCACGCCACAAUGAAGUACCUAUUGUGGGUUGCUUUGCUGUAUUCGUUUUGUACGUAUAGUUGUUGCAAUGAUUUUAACCCGCGGGAAAACUUCAUGCUUGUUGCAGGCCCCCUGAACGAUGCAUUCGACUGCAGUGAUCCAAUACCUCCAGGCUCAAGAGAGCACUUUGGCCACCUCCAGAGCAGAGGGGUGACCCACUUCAAAGUGCAGCUGUCGUGGGUUCAAAUUCUUCCUCCAGGCUCUCCCAGCCAACCGCAGCAAGCAGUGGUGUCCUGCUACCAGACCCUGAUGAAGCAGCUGCUGGAGGUGGACCUUCAGCCUCUGGUGGUUCUGCAUGGAUCCACAGUGCCAGACACUCUGAGAUCAAGGUACGGAGGCUGGGAGAACCCAGAGCUGAGAGACAUGUUUCAGCAGUACGCUGAGUUUGCCUUCCAAGAGUUUGGAGGUCUGGCACUCUCCUGGGUGACAUUUAGUGACAUGGAUGAUGUUAGGCAUGAUCCCGGUGCUCUGCAAAAUAUCCUGCAGCUCAACAAGAACCUUUACCAGCUCUACCAUCAACGAUUUCCUGAAAAAGGGAGACGUCUGUCCACUGGUUUGAGAGCUAGUGAUGUUGCAAUCCUUCCCCAGAUAAAAAGUUCAACCAAAAUGGAUUUCUUGUCCAUGCACAUUGAAUAUACAUGUGAAUCAACAAACCUUGCAGAGGAACUGAGGAGAGUUCAGAUGUCCAGUGGAGACUUGCCUAUCGUCAUAUACGAGAUGACUGUUCAUGGUUGUCCCGACAGUCAACACCAGGUUCUUGGCGAUUUCUUACAAGUGUUAAUGGGCAAUGCUGACCUGAAGAUUGUGGGAUGUGACACAGUGGAUAUGUUGGGUGAGCUGGAAAUGGAGGUCUUCCCAAACCGUCAUGCCAUUUCAGACUUUGAUAGAAUUGCAGCAUUUAGAAACAGUUAUCAGAAUGUCUGGAAUAAGUUUGGGGCUCAGACCACAACAGAACGGGAUCUCUUUCUGAACGAGUCCUUUGCUGUUGACUUCCAAUGGGCCACCUCCAGCGAGUCCUUCAAGGUUGAGGGAGGCUGGGCUGAAGAUGGGAAGGGAGAGACGAUUUGGGACCAUUUUGGUCAUGAAGGCCUAGCCUUUGAGAAUCAGACCGCUGAUCUGGCUUGUGACAGUUACCACAAAGUGGAUUAUGAUGUCUACCUCCUGCGAGGUCUGAAUGUUAACACCUACCAGUUUUCCAUCUCUUGGGCACGCAUUUUUCCCUCGGGCCACCAGGGCAUUCAUUCUGAGAAAGGUGCUCUCUACUAUGACAAGCUGAUCAAUGCACUCAUUGAUUCUGGCAUAAAACCUGUUGUCACGCUUUACCACUGGGAUCUGCCCCAGGCACUCCAGGACUACGGUGGAUGGACUAACGCUUCCAUUGUUGAAGCCUUCAAGGUCUACACAGACUUCUGCUUCUCCAGGUUUGGAGACAGAGUCAAGACCUGGAACACUUUCAGUAGCCCCUGGGUGGUAAGCCAUGCUGGGUAUGGCACUGGUGAGCAUGCCCCUGGAGUAAAAGACUACGUGGUGGCCUCCUACCAGGCGACUCACAACAUGAUCAAAUCCCAUGCUGAGGCCUGGCAUGUCUACAAUGAGAAGUACAGGAAGACACAAGGAGGCACAGUGGGCAUUGCAUUGAACUCUGACUGGGCUGAACCUGUGGACCCCUCCAGACCAGAAGACAUUGCAGCAGCAGAUCGCUACCUGCAGUUCAUGCUGGGCUGGUUUGCACAUCCCAUAUUUGUUGAUGGAGAUUACCCUGCAACACUCAAGACUCAGAUUGAACAAAAAAGAAAAGAGUGUCCUCUCUCUGAACCUGCAAUACUCCCGGUUUUCACAGCUGAAGAGAGGAAGAGGAUACAUGGAACAGCUGACUUCUUUGGAUUAAACCAUUAUACCUCCCGGUUAGUCAACAACAGUCUUGGUGGCUGCACCCCUGGUCCUCAAGGGGUGGGCAACUUCCUGGCACAUGUAGAUCCAUCAUGGUCCUCAACAGCUUCUGACUGGAUAUAUUCUGCACCCUGGGGUCUCAGAAGGCUGCUAAACUAUAUUUCCACAGAGUAUGUGAGUGUCAACAAAGUGCCAAUCCACAUUACUGGGAAUGGUAUGCCUACUGAGUACAGUGGGGACAGUCUCAAUGAUAUCAGUAGAAUAGACUACAUGAAGAGUUACAUCAAUGAGGCCCUUAAAGCCAUUUUCUUAGAUGGAGUGAAUGUGCAGCGAUUCACAGCGCAGUCACUCAUGGAUGGUUUUGAGGGAAAGCAAGGCUACAGCCAAAGAUUUGGUCUUCAUUAUGUCAACUUUGAAGAUGCAGACAGACCAAGAACCCCAAAGCAAUCUGCAUAUUUCUACUCUCAGGUUAUCAAGCAAAAUGGAUUCGGUGGCCACAAGGGGGACAUUUUUCACUUGGCAAGAUUGCAAAUUACUCCCGGUACAAAUGCAUUACCACCCUCAGAGGUCCCCUCUAAAUCUAAGGUUGUCUGGGAGAAAUUCUCUCACCAGUCCAAUUUUCAGAGAAAACUCUACCACUACGGCACUUUCCCACAAGGCUUCAGUUGGGGAGUAUCAUCUUCGGCCUACCAGAUUGAAGGUGGCUGGAAUGCUGAUGGGAAGGGGCCCAGUGUCUGGGAUACAUUCGCCCAAAAACCUGGCAGUAUUCUUGAUAAUGCCAAUGGAAAUGUUGCCUGUGACAGCUACCACAGACUUGAAGAAGACUUCUACAUGCUGCGAGCUCUGAAGGUGAAGUCGUACAGAUUCUCUUUGUCCUGGUCCAGGAUCUUUCCUGACGGUCACCGUGCAUCUCUGAACCAGAAAGGUGUUGACUACUACAAUAGACUCAUUGACGGCCUCUUAGCAUAUAACAUCACUCCCAUGGUGACACUCUACCACUGGGACCUUCCUGAAGCUUUGCAAACACUUGGUGGCUGGGAAAAUGUAGAGAUGAUUAACGUUUUUAAUGACUUUUGUGACUUCUGCUUUGCCACAUUUGGCAACAGAGUGAAAUUUUGGAUGACCUUCAACCAGCCUCAUACAAUUGCAUGGUCAGGAUAUGGACUUGGGCAGGUCCCAACCAAUGUUAAAAAUCCAGGAAUUGCACCAUACAGAGUUGCACACAACCUUAUAAAAGCCCACGCUAAGGCCUACCACACAUAUGAUGAUACAUAUCGUAAAUCCCAAGGUGGUCUUAUAUCCAUUGCCCUUAAUGCUGAUUGGUUUGAACCUAAAGAUGUUAAUGUUCCUCGUGAAGUGGUGGCUGCUGACCGCGCUCUGCAGUUCCAACUGGGUUGGUUUGCACACCCCAUUUUCAAGAAUGGUGACUAUCCUGAUGCCAUGAAAUGGCAAGUUGGAAACAAAAGUGAGCUCCAACGUCUUAUAGAGACAAGACUUCCUUCAUUUACUGAAGAAGAAAAGAUGUUCAUCAAGGGAACUGCUGACAUGUUCUGUGUUAAUCAUUACACCACAAAAAUAGUAAGCCAUGUUACUGCACAGCUUAAACCUCAAUCAUACGAAUAUGACCAGGACUUGUCAGAAGCAGAAGAAAGUGAUUCACCAACUACUGCCAUCAGAAAGCAGAGAGCUGUCGCAUGGGGCUUAAGGAGACUGCUCAACUGGAUCAAAGAGGAGUAUGGAGAUCCGGACAUUUACAUUACUGAGAAUGGAGUUGCUACAGAAUCAAAGACAACUUGGGAUGACUCUGCCAGAGUAUUUUAUUUCAAGACCUAUGUUGAUGAGGCUCUGAAAGCGUAUGACCUUGAUGGUGUGAAGUUAAAAGGAUACAUAGCAACAUCGCUCAUGGAUUCCUUUGAAUGGCUCAAUGGGUACAAAGUAGGAUUUGGGCUGCACCAUGUCGAUUUUACCAACCCAAACCGUCCGAGGACACCCAAGUACUCAGCUCAUUUUUACUACCAAGUCAUAAAAGACAAUGGCUUCCCGUCAACAGAUGAUGACAAACUAAUUCAUGGCCAUUUCCGCAAAGAUUUUAUUUGGAGUACUGCAACAGCAUCAUACCAGAUUGAAGGGGGAUGGAGAGCAGAUGGGAAAGGCCUCAGCAUCUGGGACAAGUUUGCUCACACUCCUCUGAGAGUGUUCAAUGAUGAUAAUGGGGACAUAGCAUGCAACAGUUACAAUAAAGUAGAAGAGGAUGUUGCUAUAUUGAAGCAACUUAAGGUGACCCAUUAUCGUUUCUCCAUAUCCUGGCCGAGGGUUCUUCCUGAUGGCACCGCCAAGCACAUCAACGAGGCUGGACUCAACUACUACCACAGACUGGUGGAUGCACUGCUCGCAGCAAACAUCCAACCUCACAUCACUCUCUACCACUGGGACCUUCCACAAGCUCUGCAGGACAUAGGGGGCUGGGAGAAUGAUACCAUUGUCGUCAAAUUCAGGGAUUAUGCUGACUUGAUCUUUAGCCGUCUUGGCCACAAAGUGAAAUUUUGGAUUACGAUUAAUGAACCGUACAAUGUAGCCAAUGUAGGCCAUGGCUAUGGAGCAGCCGCCCCUGGGAUCAGUUUCCGACCAGGCACUCUGCCCUACAUUGUGGGUCACAACCUGCUUAAAGCUCAUGCCGAGGCCUGGCAUCUGUACAAUCACAAAUACCGGUCCAAACAGCAAGGAAUUAUCUCCAUCACCAUCAACUCUGAUUGGUCAGAGCCCAGAAAUCCAUACAAGCAAGAAGACAUUGAUGCUGCUAAACGUGUGGUGCAGUUCUACAUUGGCUGGUUUGCCCAUCCCGUUUUUAACGGAGACUACAGCAACAUGAUGAAGACAAUCGUUCGAGAGCGAAGCUUAGCUGCUGGACUGGCAAAAUCUCGGCUGCCUGAGUUCACCCCUGAGGAGAUUAAGAGGAUUAAGGGUACCUACGAUUAUUUUGGGUUCAACCAUUACACCACUGUCCUGGCAUUCCCCGUGAACUAUGGAAACCUGCAGCACUACGAUGCUGAUAGGGGUGCAGGAACAAUUGCUGAUCGUACCUGGCUGGAUUCAGGCUCAUCCUGGCUGAAGGUCUCGCCUUUCGGAUUCCGCAAGAUAUUAAACUUCAUUAAGGCGGAGUAUGGAAAUCCACCUAUUAUCAUCACAGAAAAUGGUAUCUCAGAACGGGGGCCGAUUGACCUAAAUGAUAGUCAUAGGAGCUACUACUAUGAACAAUACAUCAACCAGGCACUGAAAGCUUACUUGCUAGAUAAUGUGGAUAUCCAUGGCUACACAGCUUGGUCACUGAUGGACAACCUUGAGUGGGCCACUGGCUUUUCAGAGAGAUUUGGCCUUUUCUACAUCAAUCACUCAGACACAACAUUGCCAAGAGUGGCCAAGAAUUCUGUUACCCGCUACUCUACCAUCAUUAGCUGCAACGGAUUCCCAGACCCUGCAUUGGGACCCCAUGAAUGUUUGAACCCAGUGGUUGAAGCAACGAGUGCGCCGGUCACCCCUGUUCCCUCUGACAACACUGUGGACUUCCUUGGUAUGAGGCUCUCAACAAGUGAUGCUGAGACCGGACUAACCACCACGUUUGGUCUACUGAUUGUUGCAGCAUUAGGAGCCAUUUGUGUGUCCAUUUGCCUCUUUAAGGCAAAAAAAAAAUGAAUGAAUUUAUAAAACUGGAAUAGAAAUUGUAGAGUUGGGACCUGUCUACGCUGAAUAUUCAUGUAUAACUUUCUUAGCAUUUACAAAGUUGUAGAUUCAAUAUUUGUAUUCGUUGCUGGCUGUAGAAAACGAAAUUGCUUUCCUAACAGCAUGGUUCAUUACUUUUUUUCUUUUCAUUUGCACAUUUACUGCUUCAACUGAUCUCCUGUCGAUGUAUCAUGCCAUGUGACCCACACUAACUAAAUGAAUUGGUUGACAAAUGUAAUUAUUUUCUUUCAAAUGCAUCAAUAAAAACAGUUCAUAGACAUCUUCCAUAAGUUCUUAAACAAUAAGGAGAAGUGCAGUGAAAUAUCACUUUCACAUAAAUUGUAAACAAAAAAAAUGUUGAAAUACUAAAGUGACUUCCAGAAUUUUUACAUUACUCAAUAAUUACAUGUAUUGCAUUUAUGUCAGAAAAGUCAACUUGGGGGCGGGGGGGGGGGGGUCUGCCAUGUCAUUAAAUUUGCUGUGACUUGUGGUUUAGGAUGUUUUUCUGAGAAAAUAAAUCACAUGGACCCCUUAAACCUAUUGAUCUAUCCCCAGAAUCUCAGGUUAAAACUGUACCUGUGGUUUAUCAAUGUAGAGAUCAGUGAAUGCCACUAGAGGUCGUUGGAGGUUUGUUAAUCUGCACACUGGUUUCAGAGAUCAGAACUUCUCAAAUGUUUGACUGUCCUUUAAUGUUAACACUAUUGUAUUGUCCUGAAAACAUGAAAGCUAUUUUGCUCUCACAUAAAAAUCAUGUGCGCUUUGAUCUUUAAUUAUUGUAUGACCAAUUCCCACUGCUUAAUUAACAUAUUGACAGCGUGUUUUACUAUAGGGGUAGAUUUGCCAUUUUUGACAAAAUUAUAAACUGUAAAGUGUUGUAUCUAAAGUACCGCUGAUUAAAUGGCAUUUCAGAUAUUUUAUCAGUAAUUAUUAAUGCACAUUAAAGUCAAACAUCUGAAAGCUUAGUUCCAUAUUCCAAAACAAAAAUACCUGAAUAAACAUAAGUUAUGUGAUGUUUACUGCAUUACUGCGAAAAAAAAACACUUAACUGCAAUUUAAGUGAACAUAUGCCUUAGCUUUGAACUCACGUGCAGCUCAAUUUAAAACCUUAUUAGUACCAGAUUAACUUUAUCAUUUAAAUUAAGUUAAGUUAAGGUUUUUCAGGCAACACAGCAUCAGCCUUUCAAGUAAAAGGUAGAAGGUUAGGAAAAUACCAAGAUAUUCAUUCAACUAUUCUGGUCUCAAACCUUUACUUUUUCUUAAUACAAGCUGAUUUUUUGUAUUCAAACCUUGUAAAAAUAAGGUUUUUGUCAUUGCUACAAUCAGAUCAGGGGAUGUUAAACACACUUUAUAACCAAAAUAACAGUUUUACAGGAAUUGAACAGUUAUGAAACCACUUGGCAAAACCUUUGUUGCAAAAUUUUAUUUUAAAAAAAAAACUAACCAAAAGUACUAAUCAAUACAAAAUGUAGAAAAAGUACAAAAAGCAUUGUUCAAAAAUAACUUGAGAUGACAUUGUUUGAGUUGGCACUAAUUGGCACUGUGGGUAUGAUUCAGUAUACAAAAUGAUGGCAUCUUAGAGCGCGUUCAAGGCAUUUGAUUCACAUUGAAAU